AUGAAAAUAUUAAUAAUAAUAUUGCUUUUGUUAUAUUCAGUCUAAUCCAUUUGGGGACCUACAUGCAGAAGUGUAAAAGUAUUUAUUACAUUUAGUUAUGUUACAAUUCUUAAGGUUCGAUUUGUGGAAUUUUGUCUUAGAGUUGUUGUAAAGAAGGUUAUUGUGCAAAUGGUUGGUUUGGUGAAGAGUGUGAAAUGUAUAUAUGAGUAUUAUCUAUUCAAGUCGAUUAUUUAUUCCUGGAUGUACUACUAAUUGGAGUUUGUUUUGA